AUGGCUCCAAGAACACCAGCCGAUAAGCUUGGUCAUGCAUCUACAUUACAACUCCCCACAUACGACAAUGAUGAUCAAUCUUCAACCAAUUCAACUACCCCUUUACAUAAAGAUACACCAGAAGAAACUACCGAUACAUCGACAACAACUAAUGAUGUUGAACCAUUUCAUCCUCCUAAACUACUUAGUAAAACCACUACUUCACCAUCCAUAAAACUUACAUCCAUGUUAUCCAAAACUUCUACUAAACAAAAUCCAAAUUUCCCAAUAAGUUUACAAUCAUUAAGUGAACUUCAUGAUCCUAAAUCUUUGAAACAAUUAUAUGAUUUAGGUGGAAUUGAUAAUUUAUUGGCUCUGUUACAUACUUCAUUCGAUGGUCUUAAUGAACAUAAUGAAACUGAUUUAUCUCAACGGAAACAGUAUUUUGGUAUCAAUAGAUUACCUCAGAAAGUUCAAAAAAGUUUUCUUAAAUUAUGUUGGGAAGCUUUAAAAGAUAAAGUAUUAGUCAUAUUAUGUAUUGCUGCCAUUGUUUCAUUAGCUUUAGGUUGUUAUGAAAGCUUUGGUAGUGGGACUCAUUAUGAUGAUGAAGGUUUACCAUUACCAAAAGUUGAUUAUGUUGAAGGUGUCGCCAUUUUAGUAGCCGUUGCCAUUGUUGUUUUAGUUGGUGCCGCUAAUGAUUAUCAAAAGGAACGUCAAUUUGCUAAAUUAAAUGCUAAAAAAGAAGAUCGUGAAGUGAUUGUUGUUAGAAAUGGUGGUGAACAAAAAUUGAUUUCUAUUUAUGAUUUAAUGGUCGGUGAUGUUAUAAAUUUACAAACUGGUGAUGUUGUCCCUGCUGAUUGUAUUUUAAUCCAGGGGGAAGUCGAAUGUGAUGAAUCAGCUUUAACUGGUGAAUCACAUACUAUUCAUAAAGUCCCCGUUGCUAAAGCCAUGAAAGUUUAUCAAAAUCAUUUACCUACUAAUGAAGAUAUCGGUAGUACUCAAAUAAAAUUCCGUGAUCCUUAUUUAAUUUCUGGUGCUAAAGUCUUAUCAGGGUUAGGUAACGCCGUUAUUACCGCUGUGGGGACCAAUUCUAUUCAUGGUAGAACCAUGAUGAGUUUAAAUCAUGAACCAGAAAGUACUCCUAUGCAAGUACGUUUGAAUGAUUUGGCAGAAGGGAUUUCUAAAUAUGGGUUCCUUGCUGCCAUUGUUUUAUUUGUGGUUUUAUUCAUUAGAUUCUGUGUUGAAAUUGCUCCUAAUGGUAAUAUGAAUGGUGCUGAACCAGCAGAUAAAGGUAAAAGAUUUAUUGAUAUUAUUAUCACUGCUGUGACAAUUGUUGUUGUGGCCAUACCAGAAGGAUUACCAUUAGCUGUCACUUUGGCUUUAGCAUUUGCCACCACAAGAAUGGCUCAAAAUGGUAAUUUGGUCAGAGUAUUGAAAAGUUGUGAAACUAUGGGAGGAGCAACGGCAGUUUGUUCUGAUAAAACUGGUACUUUAACAGAAAAUAAAAUGAGAAUAGUAAGAGGAUUUUUCGGAUUAAAUAAACAAGGUCAACCAUUAGAAUUUAAUGAUACCGUGGGUAAUCAACAUGAUGAACCAACAUCAAUAGAUAUUAUUAAUAAUGAAAUUAGCAGUGAACAAAAAGUUUAUCUUACCACUAAUAUUAUACUUAAUUCUACUGCAUUUGAAAAUUCCGAAUAUGAUGAAGAAAAAGCUAAACUUGCAAGACAAAAACCUCCAAAACAAAGUUUUUUCAGUAGUCUUUUCAAGAAUUCCAAGAAAUCCCAAUAUCAACAAAUGGGAUUAGUUGAUGAACCUUAUUUAGGUAAUAAAACUGAAUCGGCAUUACUUACAUUAGCCAAAGAUAAAUUCCAUUUAUUCGAUAAUAAAUCAUUAGAAACUUGUCGACAAGAGAAUAAUGGUGAUGUGAUUCAAGUUAUCCCAUUUGAAAGUUCACGUAAAUGGGCUGGUAUCGUUAUGAAAAUCCCUAAUGGAUUUAGACUUUAUGUUAAAGGAGCAGCAGAAAUUAUUUUUAAAAAUUGUGGAUUUGAAAAUAAUAUUAAUGAUGAAUUAAUCAAAUUGGAUCGAUCUAAACGUGAUGAUGUAUUAUCGAAAAUUGAUGAAUAUGCUAAUGAUGCAUUAAGAGCAAUUGCUUUGGCCCAUCGUGAUUUUGUUGGUAUUUCAUCAUGGCCACCAUCAGAAUUAAGUUCUUCCUCCGAGAAUAAGAAAACCACAACCACUGCAAAGGAAGCUGAUCCAGCAAAAUUAAUUAAUACUUCAUCUAGUGCUAGUGAAAUUCAUAAAAUGUUUAUUCUUGAUGCAUUAGUAGGUAUACAAGAUCCAUUGAAAAAGGGAGUUGCUGAAGCCGUAUUACAAUGUAAACGUGCAGGAGUCACUGUUCGUAUGGUCACCGGGGAUAAUAUCAAUACUGCUAAAUCCAUUAGUAAAGAAUGUAAUAUUCUUACCCUGGAUGAUUUAUCAAAUGAAUAUUCAUGUAUGGAAGGACCACAAUUUAGAAAAUUAUCUAUUCAAAAAAGACGAGAAAUUGUACCUCAAUUGAAAGUUUUAGCAAGAUCAUCACCAGAAGAUAAACGUAUACUUGUUGAUACAUUAAGAAAAGCUGGUGAAGUAGUUGCUGUUACUGGUGAUGGUACUAAUGAUGCUCCAGCAUUGAAAUUGGCUGAUGUUGGGUUUUCUAUGGGGAUUGCUGGGACUGAAGUUGCUCGUGAAGCUUCUGAUAUUAUUUUAAUGACUGAUGAUUUCACUGAUAUUGUUCAAGCAAUUAAAUGGGGGAGAACUGUUUCUACAUCGAUCAAAAAAUUCAUUCAAUUUCAAUUAACUGUUAAUAUUACUGCUUGUGUAUUAACAUUUGUUUCCGCUGUGGCAUCAUCAGAAAAUAAAUCGGUAUUGACGGCAGUUCAAUUAUUAUGGGUUAAUUUAAUUAUGGAUACUUUAGCUGCAUUAGCAUUAGCCACUGAUAAACCUGAUGAUUCAUUCCUUAAUAGAAAACCUGCUGGUCGGACAGCACCAUUAAUUUCAACAUCAAUGUGGAAAAUGAUUAUUGGGCAAUCAAUGACUCAAUUAAUUAUUACAUUUAUUUUACAUUUUGCCGGUAAACAAUUAUUUUUCCCUGGUCAAUCUCAUAUUAAUAAUCAUCUGGAAAAACAAUUGGCCGCUAUGACUUUUAAUACUUUUGUUUGGUUACAAUUUUGGAAAUUAUUCGUCACGAGAAAAUUAGAUGAAGCUGAUGAAAUAACUACCAUACGGGGAAGAAUUAGUAGAGAAAAUUUAGAUUUUUUCCAACAUUUAUUUAGAAAUUGGUAUUUUAUAACUAUUGCUUUGAUUAUUGGUGGGUUCCAAAUUUUAAUUAUGUUUGUUGGUGGUGCAGCAUUUAGUAUUGCUCGUCAAACUCCAGGAAUGUGGGCUACUGCUAUAUUAUGUGGAUUUUUAAGUAUCCCAGUGGGACUUUUAAUUAGAAUAAUACCAAAUAUUUGGAUUGAAACUAUUUUCCCAACUAAAGCAUUUAAAAAAUUCCUUUAUAUUGUUGGAUUUGGUUGGUUAAAAUUUAGAAAAAAUAAAAAAACCAAGGAUAAUGAAGAAGAUGAUGAAAUGGAUUUAGAAGGUGGUGGUAAUUCCGAUUUAAAAGAAUCAAAGGAAUAG